CCCCGUCGCAGACCUUCCCAGCAUCCGCCCCGGGUAUCCCCAGUAGCCGCCAUGUCUCCCCUCACUGGCCAGCCCCUCCCAGAACCCCUUCCAUCGCUCCUCGCUCACAGCCCCCUGGCCGCACCCUCACUCUGCCAGGUCGGUUUCCUUCUCACUGAUACCCCCUCCUGUCAACCCCAUCGCCCCCACAGCUGGGGCCCGGCCCCACCCACUCUUCUUGCCCAACUCUAAGGUGCGGGUUCCCCCGUUACUCUGGGCUCCCAAGCUCCUUUCUCUAGGCCCUACCCCUACUUCUUCUCAAUAAGCCCCAAGCCCACAGCGACCUCAGUCCCGGUUCCAGCGUGUCAGUGUGUUCGAGGGUGUGUGUUGUAGACGGGGAGCUCGCCAAGGUGUGUCCUGGGGAGGGCAGAUACUCGGUUGCCAAACCAGGGACUGUCUUUGUCCAUCACCAUCAGUCUCCAGUCUGCCCCGCAUGGCCUGCUGCUCACGUGUGGGCUGGAGUCCCAGCCUGUGGCAGCAGCCAGCACUUGCCAGAGACAAGGGCAAGCAGGCUUUGAGACAGGCCACAGUCAGUACUGUCCGUGAAGGAGCCCCAGGCUGAUGUGACAGAAGCAGCACCUUCCCGCUUAGCACCCGGAUUUGAUGCCUCUCCUCUCCUUUCUCCACCAUAUGUGCAAGGGAUGAACCCAACCAGGUAGCAAUAUGGCGCAAUUUCUCUACCGGCCUCAUGUGCUGCCCUCUGAGUCCCUCCCCUAACACGACACUCCCUCUCUCUCCUGCCUGGACUGAAAUAAGAGGCAUUCUUUGGGGGCAGAAAGCAGAGAUCUACACAUUGUUUCCAGACUGCCCCAGUUAAAAUGUACAUUCUGUACUCAGAGCAAAGAGGAGACCCCACAAGUGAAGAAAAAUGUUUUUUUUCCCUCUACUGUUAAUACAUCAGCCUGGGUAGAUUUAGCCACCUUUCAGUCUGAAAGGCACAGAGCUUUCUUUAAGGGGGUGAGAUCCAGGAUGGAUGUGUUACCUGCACCAGAGGGCUGCCUAGGGCUAUGGUCUCACCAAAGAGCCAGAGAUAGACAGGGCAGGGGCAGUGACAGGGGAAAGCAGGUGUCUGGGGCCAGAAGCAUCCCUAGAAGUGACUGAAAAGUUCUUUCUGUCUUGGAUAUUUUGUCAAGACUCAGCCCUAUCUUCCCCUUUUUUUUGCUCACUUCCUCUGUACAUGGGGGUCAUUCUUGGGCACAGGAACCACUUGCUCUCUUCCAGCAACUCCCUGAGACUCUGGCCCGGAUUUGCACUUUCCCAGAAACCCUGAACACUAAUCAGGCAAAGGGACUCAGUUCAGUUCAAGAAGCACAAAUAUGCUCCUAGCACUCUGAAGAUAGACAUACAGUGAAUAAAGAUGGUGCUCACACAUGCACAUGCACACAUAUAUACAUAUACACACACAUGCGCACACAUAUGUACAGAGUCCUUUACUAAUGCAUUGACUACAGAAAGAUUUGAAAUAGUUCAUCUUUGUGUUUUUAAAAUCACUUUUUUAUUUUCCUAUUGGCAUAAGCUGCUCCCCCAUCUGCCCUGGACACCCUGUGGGAUCACAAGGAUGUCCAUAUGGCUGUGUCUGUAGGCCUGAGGGCAUGGUUCAUGCACAUGCACAUUUGCCAAGUGGGAGCUCUGUGUCUGGGGCCCUGUCAGCCAGGCUCUGGCUGCUGUGGCUGUGGCCCCUUGAGGAGGCUUGCGUCACCACUUUCCACCCCUGUGCCUGCCCACUCCUAUCACUUGGCUCACAGGCUAGUGAACCCAGACAGACAGCCCAGGAAGUUGUUCAUCCCAGUCAGAGCCAUAGAACUGAGAGGAGGAGAAUGAAAGUGCUCCCCCAAGGGAAGCAAGGUCUGGGGUGCUUAACUAAUAUUAUUACUAGGUCUCCUGAAAACAGGACAGCUGUGCUGGCAGGAGAAAGCUUUUAUUCUGAGAAGAGUUAGGCUCUUGUCCUUGGAAGGGUUGAGGCAAGGCUGGGUUCUACAGCAGUCAGAAUGUGGAGGGUUUCAAAUUCUGCCACACUGAUAAUCAUGGACACAAUCAAUAGGGCUGAGAUUUGGGAGAUGAUCCUAGGUCCCUGGAGAGGAACAGAAGGGGCUGAAAGGGUCUGGGACGAGGGAGACCACAGUAGAAGCAAACCAAUCGUAGAGGAUAGAAUCCCCCUUGAACAGGAGCCAGCUAAGGAAGGGGGUAGGCUUAUGAGGUUUGGCAAACUGGUUAAAGGAGAGUGCUCCCAUUCUCCAGCACCCUCUCUAGAGUGCUGGCUUCCUUUAAUGAAAAAGAAAUGGAUACUCCAAGUGGGGGCCUGGCUCCUAGGAUAAGCCCUGUGCUCAGUGAGUGCUGUAAGGCCAUGGGCAGCUGGAAUAGGCAGCCUAGCUACCCUCCCCUCCUGACCCCUGGUGGGCAGGCUCUUCUAUCAAGAGGAAGACCAAGACUAAUGGGUCAUCCUCAUGUCUUCAGGAUCCAACCCAGACAAGCACAAUGCCCAAGAUGUAGCAGUAGCUCAAAAAAAAUGUAGAUGUCCACACUUACACACAUGUUUAAACCCAGGCCAUUUAGCCAUCUCCCUUUGGCCCAUGGGUAUGUUCCCAUAAGGUGUUUUAUCUGCCAGGACACUGGUUGCUCUGUCAUUAACUUUAUGGGGUCAUCUGAGGUUUUGCUUUAGAACAGCUUUGGUCAAAUUCCUAUUUUUCUGAACUUUGAGUUAGUAAGAAAAAAAGUAUCAAUGAUUUAAAUCAGGAGAUCAAAUUCUGAUGUAGCUUUUGGAUUACAAAAAUGAAAGUAUUUAUAAUUAUAUAUGUAGUAAGAUUCUCAAGGUGUGAGAAAUUCUGAAAGGUGUUAUAUUAUCUGAGGUGUCUAAAGAGGUCAAAUGUAAACAUAAGUAUAUUUCUUAAAUCCCAUGCUCCCUGCAGCACUGAGUAUGGGGAGGGACAGGGAAAGCAAAUGUGUUUUCCAUAUGCCAGGCACCUUACAUACGUUAUAUCAGUUAAUUCCCAUACCAAAGCCUACAGGGGGCAUUGUCAUCAUAACCUCAUUCAGCAGACAAGGAUGUCAAUGCUCCAAGAACUGUGUGUCUUUCUCAAGGCCCAGAGCUAAAGGAUGAUAAAGCCAGGAGCCUACCUCCACUCCUCCCCGAUUUUACUCUCAACAUGAGCAUCAUUCCGUCCCAGACUGCUAUGCCUGCCAGGCAUCCUUCUGGAAGGAAAAGGAAGAGCUUGCUUAUUCUUUCCAGUCCUCUACUUGAUCUCUGGGUGAACCCAGCCUUCGUGGGCAAUGUCCACUUGCCACCACGGCUGGAACUCUGACCCACAGCCCCCUCAGCAAUGCAGCAGGCAGGACUGGAAUGGGACUUAUGCAAGCUCUGGCAAUCCAGGUCCCAGAGGAAGGCUGUGGCCCCUGCAGCAAGCCCAGAGAGAAGCUGUUCCUUCCACAGCUGCCCCCUUGAAGACCCUUACAGUUCUUCAGGUCCCCCAGCAACAACUUCCACCCUCCAGCCUGUGGGCACAUCCAGCCCCUUGGCCCCUGCCCACUUCACCUAUCCCCGGGCGCCACAGGAAUACAGGGGGGACAGUUCCCUGCCAGGACUUGGGGACCGGGCAGCUCUGUGCUCCCAUGGCUCCAGCCUCAGCCCUUCCCCAGCCCCCUCACAGCGUGAUGGGGCCUGGAAGCCGCUGUCUGUGCAGCACCAUGUGGUCAGCGUCAGGCAGGAACAGACCUUCCAGAUGCCAAAGAGCUAUUCCCAGCUGAUUGCUGAGUGGCCGGUGGCUGUGCUGCUGCUGUGUCUGGCUGUCAUCCUCCUCUGCACUCUGGCUGGACUGUUGGGAACCCAGCUGCCUGACUUCUCCAAGCCCUUGCUGGGCUUUGAGCCUCGGGAUACAGACAUUGGGCGUAAGCUAGUGGUCUGGAGAGCACUGCAAGCCCUCACGGGCCCCAGGAAGCUGCUUUCUCUUUUCCCAGACCUUGAGCCAAACAGCUCAAACCCUCACACCACUCUGAGCCCCACACCCUGGAGCAGAGCCCAGGAGAGCAUGGUCCGGCCUCGGAGGAUGGUGGAGUCUCUGGAAGAUGGAGGAAAGGAGAGCUUCUUCUGUGGCCCCCCCGAGAAGAGUUAUGCACAGCUGGUGUUCAUGUCCACCUCAGCGGGCAGCCUGUGGAACCUGCAUGCCAUCCAUUCCAUGUGUCGCAUGGAACAGGACCAGAUCCGCUCCCACACCCGCUUUGGGGCUCUGUGCCAGCGUACAGCUGCCAACGAGUGUUGCCCUAGCUGGUCCCUGGGCAACUAUGUGGCCGUGCUCUCCAACCGCUCCUCUUGCCUGGACACUACUCAAGCAGAUGCAGCCCACAUCCUGGCCCUGCUGCGAGUCUGUGCCCUCUACUACCACCGUGGUGCCCUGGUGCCCUCUUGUCUGGGACCCGGGAAGAACAAGGCCCCAAACUGUGCCCAGGUCCCCACCAAGUGCUCCCAAAACAGUGCAGUCUACCAACUCCUGCACUUUCUGCUGGACAGAGACUUUCUGAGUCCCCAGACUGCUGACUACCAGGUACCCUCCCUCAAGUACAGCCUGCUCUUUCUGCCCACCCCAAAGAGUGCCUCCUUAAUGGGCAUCUACCUGGACCGCCUAGCCACCCCCUGGGAGCUCUCUGACAACUACACAUCCAUCACUGGCAUGGACCUGGGCCUCAAGCAAGAAUUGCUGAGGCACUACCUGGCCCAGGAUACGGUAUACCCCUUGUUGGCCCUGGCUGCCAUCUUCCUCAGCAUUGCCCUCUAUCUGCGCUCCCUCUUCCUGACGUUCAUGGUGCUGCUCGGGGUGCUAGGCUCCCUGCUGGUUGCCUUCUUUCUUUACCGAGUGGCCUUCCGCAUGGCCUACUUCCCUUUCAUCAAUCUGGCGGCCCUCGUCCUGCUCAGCAGCGUCUGUGUCAACCAUACCCUCAUCUUCUUCGACCUAUGGCGCCUCAGCAAGAGCCAGCUGCCCUCUGGGGGGCUGGCACAGCGUGUGGGCCGCACCAUGCACCACUUUGGCUACCUGCUGCUGGUCUCAGGCCUCACUACGGGCGUGGCCUUCUAUGCCAGCUACCUGAGCCGCCUCCCGGCUGUGCGCUGCUUCGCCCUCUACAUGGGCACUGCUGUGCUGACGCACCUGGCGCUCACGCUGGCCUGGCUGCCCUCCUCUGCUGUGCUCCACGAGCGCUACCUGGCGCGCGUCUGUGCGUCCCGGGCGCAGGGCCCGUGGGACGGCAGCGCCCCCCGGCGGCUAGCGCUGGCGCUGCACCGGCGGCUCCGCGGUCUUCGGAGGGCUGUGGCCAGUACCUCGCGUCUGCUCUUCCAGCGCCUACUGCCCUGUGGCGUCAUCAAGUUCCGCUACAUAUGGAUCUGCUGGUUCGCUGCGCUGGCGGCAGGGGGCGCCUACAUCGCCGGCGUCAGCCCGCGCCUGCGGCUGCCCACUCUGUCCCCACCCCGCGGCCAGGUCUUCCGGCCUAGCCACCCCUUCGAGCGCUUCGACGCAGAGUACCGGCAGCAGUUCCUGUUUGAGUGGCUGCCUGAGGGUGAGGGCGGUCACAUGCCUGUGGUUUUGGUGUGGGGCAUCCUGCCUGUAGACACUGGCGACCCCCUGGACCCCCGCAGCAACAGCUCACUGGUGAGAGAUCCUGCCUUCUCGGCCAGCGGUCCUGAUGCCCAGCGCUGGCUCUUGGCACUCUGCCAUGGAGCUCGGAAUCAGAGCUUCUUUGGAACCCAGCCAGAGGGCUGGCCCACUCUAUGCUUCAUGGAGGCCCUCCAGCGCUGGAUGCAGAGCCCCAGUUGCGCCCGCCUGGGGCCUGGCCUCUGCUGUGGUCAUUCUGACUUCCCCUGGGCACCCCAGCUUUUCCUGCACUGCCUCAAGAUGAUGGCUGUAGAGCAAGGCCCCCAUAGCACCAGUGACCUGGGACCCCGGUUCAAUACCCAGGGCAGCCUGGUGGCACUGGUCCUGCAGUUCCAGACCAACUUCCAGUACAGUUCAGACUACAGCCAGGCCCACCACUUCUACACUGAGGUCAGCCACUGGCUGGCAGCAGAACUGGGAAGAGCACCUUCUGGCCUCCGCCACGGUUGGUUCACUAGCCGCCUGGAGCUGUACAGCCUGCAGUGCAGCCUGAGCACUGAGCCUGCUGUGGUGUUGGCGCUGGCUCUGGCACUGGCCUUUGCCACACUGCUGCUAGGAACCUGGAAUGUUCCACUUAGCCUGUUCUCUGUGGCAGCUGUGGCAGGCACCGUACUGCUCACUGUGGGGCUCCUGGUUCUGCUCGAGUGGCAGCUCAACACUGCCGAGGUCCUCUUUCUCUCUGCCUCUGUGGGCCUCUCUGUAGACUUCACUGUCAACUACUGCAUCUCCUAUCACCUGUGCCCACACCCUGACCGCCUGAGCCGCGUGGCCUUCUCGCUUCGCCAGACCAGCUGCGCCACCGCAGUGGGGGCUGCUGCCCUGUUUGCAGCCGGUGUACUCAUGCUGCCUGCCACAGUGCUGCUCUAUCGCAAGCUAGGCAUCGUCCUCAUGAUGGUCAAGUGUGUCAGCUGUGGCUUUGCAAGCUUCUUCUUCCAAUCUCUGUGCUGUUUCUUUGGACCAGAGAAGAACUGUGGACAGAUCCUCUGGCCUUGUGCCCACCUGCCAUGGGACACUGGAACUGGAGGGCCUGGUGAGGAGAAGGCAGGCUGCCCACGACCGGGGCCAGUGGGAGGAGCUCUUGUGUCCUGCUCAGAACAAUACGAGCUACAGCCCCUGGCCCGGCGCCGGAGCCCCAGCUUUGAUACCAGCACUGCCACCAGCAAGCUGUCCCACCGGCCUUCUGUGCUCUCUGAAGACCUACAGCUGCACGAUGGCCCCUGCUACCCCCGGCCCCCAUUGGCCCCUGCCUCCCCAAGAGAGCUGUUUCUGGACCACCAGACAGUCUUCAGCCAGUGCCCAGCCCUGCAGACCUCCUCCCCCUAUAAGCACACCGGCCCCAGCCCCAACACCAGAGCUAGGCAGGACUCUCAAGGGCAGAAGGCCAAGCCCGGGCAGGCCUCACCCAAAGCCACAGACCACUCCCCCAAGCCCGAGGCUGUGGAGCCUCCUGAUUGCCUCUGCUCCUCAGCCAGUACCCUGGAGGGGCUCAGUGUCUCUGAUGAGACCUGCCUAAGUACCUCUGAACCCAGUGCCCGUGUACCAGAUUCCAUGGGUGCCUCCCCAGAGGACCUGGACAAAACUGAGCAAACAAUACCUGAGCGUGGCCAGCUGAACAGGAAGCGGGACACCCUGUGGCUGGCACUGAGGGAGACCGUGUAUGAUCCAUCACUGCCCGCCUCCCACCAGAGCAGCUUGUCCUGGAAGGGCCGUGGGGGACCAGGGGAUGGCAGCCCUGUGGUGCUGCCCAACAGCCAGCCAGAUCUGCCAGACGUUUGGCUGCGCAGGCCCAGCACCCACACUUCAGGCUACAGUAGCUGAGGGAGGCCCCGGGAAGACAGACCAGGCACAGAGUCCGUCAGGGAUGACAAGGCAGGGGCAGCACCAGGCUGGAGCCUGAUGGUGCUUCCCCACAUCAGCACGGAGCAGUCUCACCCUCCAGUUGUGGAUUUGAAAUGCUGCCAGAUGUUCCCAUCCUGGUCUGAACUGCUGCUUACUCCCCUUAUCUGGAGGAUCCAGUGGGGAGGAUCUUUGGCAGGAAACACCAAGCCCUCCUUGUGACCUGCUGAGGGCUCAUUUGCCCCCACAGCUCCAACCAGGACCCACCCUCUGGAAGGGGGAAGGCCAGAUAUAUAGCUCCAGGUAUGAGGGGCCAAAUGGCAAGAAUUUCAGUGGGACUAAGGGACAUGUGUCUUGAGACCCUGUCAGGAUACCUCACAACUGAAAGAGCCCUGGGGAACCUCGGUAGCCUCCUGGUCCUCAUACCUUUCAGGGACUCUUUCAUCAAGACACUUCUUUUACUUUGGGGAGCAUCUCUAGGCCAGGAUUGGGCUGGGGCCUCUGUCCUGAAUGCCCAAACCCCUCAUGCUUCCAAGGCAGAUGAGAAAUUCAUCAAUGCCAGGCUUGGGGGUGAAGCAAGAGAAGAAGGGAUGGUCAGCUUCAGAGCAUCUCCAAAUUGCAGGAUGGCCCCUCAUAGGAAGCAACUCUGGCAUUGGGAGAUGCCGCCCCUGUUAACAAACAAUAAGAAUCCUCUACAUCCCUGCAUUUUUUAGGUUACAGAACACUUGGGCAACCAUGGUGUCCCUUGGGUCUCACCACUUUGCUCUGGGGCAGCCUGCAGUUGGCCAUGUCCUUUAUCUCCAGUUUACAGGUAAAGAUGUUGAGACUACAUAAGGUCAAGUGAUUUAUCCGAAGGCACAUACAUAGCUAGUAAAUGGCAGAACAGGGUUCCUGACUCACUUCUUGACACAUGUUCCUCCUGGCUUCCUGCCCCAAGGCCACUGGCCUCUGACUGUCUUGAUCUUUUCACCCCUGUCUCCUUGCUGUUGCCACCUGCCUUGGCAGGUGUCUCUGAGUAAAUGCCCCUCUCCUCUUUAGGUUGCCAUCUCCAGAGAGAGCUACCCUGUGAGCAAACCAGAGCUCCUCCCCAUUAAGCCUGGGCUUCCCCCGGACCCAACUGAGGCCCCUACCAGCAGCCAUGGGGCAUCCUGGCUGCUCUGAUUCCCAGGGUUAGGUGUAGGGGCAUGCAUCUGCCAGGCCACAGUGUAGGGAGAGCCCCUACCAGGAGAGGCACCAAGGGCAGUAAAAGUUAAGCAGAAUUCAGUUAAGGCAGGAGCUCAGGCCUGCCCUUUUUAGGAGUGUGUGUUCCCUAGGCAGGGGUCCCCAUCUUUAUAAGGACAGGUCUCUUGGGGGCCACUCAGCAGACCAAGGGCUGACUCCUCCUCCCCAAAGCAAAGAGUCUUUCUGGAAGGGUUUAUCCCAUGUGAGCUCAUGACUCUGGAAGCAUCAAGUUUACUCAACACCUACUCUGCAUAAGGACUACAAGGGGACAGAGUCAUUGAAGGAAAAUGGAACAUCUGCCUCAAGAAGCUCACCAUCCAGCUAGGGAUACAGUUCACACAUACCUGCAGGCAUCAGUGGCUCACGGAUGGUACUGCACAGUGCACGCUGAGGGCCCUAUGCCUGUCACCAUUUGUAUUGCUGGAACUCAAAUACUCAGGACUGGGUAACCAGGAAGACUUCCUAGAGGAAGAACAGCUUGAGCUGGGUUUCUGAAGUCCCAAGUAUCUCAGACUAGAAGGGACUUUAACUAUCCCUUAACCAUUCCAGUGGUUUUCAAACUUUGUUGCCUCAGGACCCUUUCUUCAAAGAAUCUUUGUGUGGAAACACAGUAUACAAAACAGAUAAAAAGCAGCUAUUCUAGUAAUGCCAGGGUGGGGGGAGUACAGAGCCAACUCAGCCUCCCUUUCUACACCUCUUAGGGGGCCCAGGGAGCCCCUCAAACUCCUGGCACCUGUACAGAAUGUGGUGUGAAAACCGCUGAUCCAGGCUGUUUUAUAGAUGAGUAUCCCAGAGGGGAAAGGAUUUUUCUAGAGCCAGUGUGUGGCAGAGCUGGAGGCAAAUCAGGGGGUGCUUUUUUCCCGCUAUAUUGUCAAGGUGUCCUAUCACCCACCUCAAGUAGCCCUUGAGAAGUGGGGCAGAAACACAAAUGAGACGCAAGACUUGUUGAAGAGACAGAAGACAAUGGGCAGGAAUGACAGGACACAGUGGCUCUUUUGCAAGGUAAAAGUAAAUCAAACCCAUUUGACUCCUGACACCAGGAAUGGGAAGCAGUGACUAGGACCUAACUUGGACCUGUCCCCCUGCAGUCUGCUGGGACCUCUCUCUCUUCAUGUCCAAGUGGAACUCAGCCUCUCUGGCCUAGGGCUGGUCAUCAGGGUCCUGGCCUCUCUGCACCAUGACCAUGUCCUCUUGUUAUUACACAGCAAGGGCCAGAGAGCCUUGGUCUCAUCUGGGACAAUCAAAGACAAUGUGACCCCUUCUUCCUGAGCAUGAUCAGAAGUCUGGCCUCAAAAAGAGAGGCCAGCAUCUUCGUUGCUUGUCGGUAACUCAUCGAGGCUCCUCUGCCCCAGGUUGUAGGAGGGCAACAGGGACCUGGACCAAAAGGACCUACUCCUCCACACCCUCUUUUGUGUCUUGCAAAUGGAGACAUUGGUGUCUGGAGACAGAGCUUCAAAACCUUUGCCUGAACACAAUUGAAAUGUUACAUUAUUUGAAGGGUG